UGCAAAACUACUUCACAUGUAGUUACAAAAGAUAAAAAGAUACUUUGGUACCUGUUUCGAUACAAGCUUUGGAUAUUACAUAUUUCAAUGAAUCUAUAAAUAAACAUUUCGGGUGCACGUUACACAUUGUUUCUACUUUAUUCCUGGUUAGAUCUACGACACAGACAUCAUCUACCAUGAGCAAAGGACUUGUUCUUGGUGUUUAUGAACCUAAAGAGAAAGAUGGUAAAUUCAUCCUUACUCCAACAGCACAAGUAUUCAACCAGACAUCUGGAGGGCAGUUGGAAUCUAUUCUCAAAAUUGCUGGCAAAAAGCUGAAAACAGGUAAAAGUCGUUUGCUUUAUGGUAUUGGUGAGGCAUACUCCACUAUAGCUGUAGCUAAUCUUGGAAAGCAAGAUGCUGGCUAUGAUGCAGACGAGCAAGUAGACCAGGGCAAGGAGAAUGUCAGAACAGCUGUCGCUAGUGCUGUUGUUAGUCUAAGAGAUUCAGGGGAAACUCAGGUGGACAUUGAACCAUGUGGGGAUGCAGAAGCUGCUGCUGAAGGCACAUUUUUAUCAUUGUACUCUUUUGAUGAUCUGAGACAAGAAGAAAAAAGGAAGCCAUCAGUGGAUGUGAAUCUUGUUACACUUGGUUUGUCAGAGGAAGUCAUAGCAAGUACAAAGACUAGUUGGAGCAAAGGGCAAACUCUGGCCAGUGCUCAAAAUUUAGCUAGAAAACUGAAAGAAAAUCCAGCUAACUUGAUGACUCCCACUAUAUUUUGUGAAGAGGUGAAGAAAAACUUUGAAGGCCUCCCAAAUGUAGAAGUCAUUGUCCGAGACAAGGAAUGGGCAGAGGCUCAGAAGAUGGGUUCAUUCCUCUCUGUGUCAAGGGGCAGUGAGGAGCCACCAAAGUUCCUUGAAAUCCACUACAAUGGUGGUAACCCUGCUGAUCCUCCAGUUGUCUUUGUUGGCAAGGGAGUCACUUUUGACAGUGGUGGUAUUUCAAUCAAGCCAUCUGGUGACAUGGAUAAAAUGAGAGCUGACAUGGGUGGUGCUGCUUGUGUCAUCAGCAGCAUCUUAGCUGCUGUUAAACUGGGUUUACCAUUAAAUAUUAAAGGGUUCACACCUUUAACUGAAAAUAUGCCCAGUGGUAAAGCAACAAAACCUGGGGAUGUGGUGGUGGCCAGGAAUGGUAAAACCAUUAUGGUGAACAACACUGAUGCAGAAGGAAGAUUGAUUUUGGCCGAUGCACUUUGUUAUGCUGAAACAUUCAAUCCAAGACUUAUCCUGGACAUUGCCACUUUAACAGGUGCUGUUGUCAUAGCAUUAGGAGGUGUGGUAUCUGCAGCCUACACCAAAUCAGAUCACCUUUGGGAAACACUCCAUAAUGCAGGGAAGGUGACAGGAGAUCGUAUGUGGAGAAUGCCUUUGUUAAAGUAUUACACUGGUCUGGUCACUGAGGGUGUCAUUGCAGAUGUCAACAAUAUCAGCAAAAAGGCAAGAGAAGCUGGUAGCUGUACAGCUGCUGCAUUUCUCAAGGAGUUUGUGAGCACAGACAACUGGAUCCAUGUAGACAUGGCUGGUGUGAUGCACAAUUCAGAUGAAGUUCCAUAUUUAGGCUCAGGAAUGUCUGGACGACCAACUAGAACUUUGUUCCAGUUCUUGGAAAGCCUAAGCAAGCAGCAGGCUUGAGUCUUGUUCUUCUAGGGAAGUUCAUUGUGAAAGAAUUUCAUGUUGAGCCAUUUGAAAUAGUUUAAUGUAGUUGUGAUAGUCAUCUGAGAAUGUAGUCUUAGCUAAUGACCCAGAUUUGCCUUUCAUGUCAUGUCUAUUGUUGUAUUCAAGAUUUUAUGGUAUACAAAGUUUGUUAACUGUUGUUUUAUUUAUGUAAUCAACAUUAUUCAGCCUACACAUGCUUACAAUGAAUGUAGCCUACUCAACUGUUACAUUCACUUAUUUGUUGCUGUUCAUGAUGAAACAAAUAAAUUAUAAAAGGUGACAAA